AGGGCCUCAAAACAGACUAAAAUAUUAUCAAAAGCUUGAUUUCAAAUAAGAAGUCCCAAACAAGGACCUCAUAUUUUACGACGUAACUUUCAUGCAAACCAAAAACCUCUCUCCUUGCGCUUGCACGAACACUGUAUUGUACACACACCCCUCAUCCGCCAUGAAGGUCGCACUCUCGGAGGAGCAUCACGGCGAUAAGAACGCGCCGCAGCAAAGCGCCGCCGUUAACUUCAGGAGGGCAUUGACGGUCGCUCCGACCACGAUUCUUCUAGCCGCAAUCCCUCUGUGGCUCCUCCUAGUGAGCUCGCCCGUCCAACCUCGAGAUUAUCCUCUGGCACGGCCGAUAGAGGGCAAAAGCAGCGGCCCCAAGGGCACGGACGCGGCGGCAGGAGCAGCGGUGCCGGUGGUGAGGGAGAAGAAGUGUGACGUGUUUAAGGGGAAAUGGGUGUACCGCCCGGACGCGACGGCAUACUACACGAACGAGACCUGCUACGCGAUAAGCGACCAGCAGAACUGCAUGAAGUUCGGGAGGCCCGACACGGAGUUCUUGAAGUGGCGGUGGGAGCCGGACGGGUGCGACCUCCCGCCUUUCGACGCGUCGGAGUUCAUGGAGAUGGUGAGGGGGAAGUCGAUCGCUUUCGUCGGUGACUCUGUGGCGAGGAACCACAUGCAGUCCUUGCUGUGUCUCUUGUCUAGCGUUGAGCAACCGGAGGACAUCUCUCUGAGGUACUCCACCGACUACAACUUCAAGCGUUGGUACUUCCCCAACCACAACCUAACCCUAGCCACCUUCUGGGCCCCGUUCCUGGUCCGAUCCACUGAUGCCCGCGGCGGCCAAACCUUCAACGGCGUCCUGAGCCUCCACCUAGAUGAGCCCCACCCUUCUUGGUUCUCCGAGAUCGGCGCCUUCCACCACGUCAUCAUCUCAGCGGGUCAAUGGUUCUUCCGCCCGCUCGUCUACUACCAGAACGGGCAACUCCUGGGGUGUUCUGCGUGCGGACGGGACAACGUGAGCGAAGUGUCGAGAUUCCGGGCAUAUCAAAUGGCGUUUCGUACCACGUUGAAAGCCAUUAUGGGAACGAAGAACCGCGAGGGCGGCAUCACGUUCCUGAGGACGUUCUCGCCCUCGCACUUCGAGAACGGGGAGUGGAACAACGGAGGGAGUUGCACGAGGACGAAACCGUUCACGACCGACGAGAAGAAGCUGGAGGGCUACGACUUGGAGUUCUACUUGGCUCAAGUGGAGGAAUUCUUGGAAGCUGAGAGGAGGGCGAGAGAGGAGGGCAUGAAGAUGAGGCUGCUCGACAUGACGCGGGCCAUGCUGCUCCGGCCUGACGGACAUCCGAACCGCCAGUGCAACUGGCUCAAGAGCAACGUGGCCCAGGCGGAUUGUGUGCACUGGUGCUUGCCCGGCCCAAUCGAUACAUGGAACGAACUCUUGUUAUAUGUGAUGAAGUCGGAGCAAGGUGUAAAGUUUACUCAGAGGAAGCUACAAAACGCCCGUAGCUGAUGUUUAUGUUUAUACAAUAUAUAGUGGAACGGAGAAAGCAAUCACAUGUCAA